AUGGUGAAUAUCAAGGCGGCAGCGAGUUCUCUGUGGGAGAAUCUUGUGGACUCUCUUCGCAUGAAACCCAUUCAGUAUAUGGUUUGGAUGUUGGGUUGGUCGAUCUGGACAUUGGGAUCCUUGCAAUACUAUUCUCUUCCGUUCACACUGAGUAGCGUGGCUACAUACUUAGACGUGAAACAGACCAAAAUCUCGGAAGCUAACACUACUACCAUGAUUGCGAGAUUGUUGGGUGCCAUCAUCUUCGGUGUGAUAUCAGAUCAGUAUGGUCGCAAAAUCCCAUUGAUGAUUGUCUUGGUGCUUGAGGGCGUCUUUACGCUUGGUACUGGGUUCGUCAAGACUUAUGGACAACUGAUCGGUCUUCGAUUGAUGUUUGGAAUCGCGUAUGGCGGUACAUACGGUCUUAUCAUGGCCAUGGUCCUAGAAGCUGUCCCAAGGCGCUCUCGAGGUUUAGUUGCAGGUUUCACCCAGCAAGGAUUUUCAGCGGGUUACCUUUUAGCCUCAGGAUUGCACUUGGCACUGAACAAAUAUGGCUGGCGKCCUCUCUUUUKGCUAGCCGCCGGACUAACAGUACCAAUCGCCGUUCUCUUACUCGUUGCACCAAGCUACUCAAUCAUGGCAGAGGUAGUGGCCGAAGCCGAGGGCAUUGAGAACGUAGACUCCCGUGCCGCUGUCGGUGGCAAUCUAUCUUUUCUGGCCAAGGUGAAAUAUGUGAUUCUUCGUCAUCCUAAGGCCUUCAUUUAUGCUGCUUGUUUGGCGGCGUGCUUGGCAACGAUGGGUCACGGAACAAUGGAUCUGUAUCCAACAUUCUUGACAACUCAGCGUCAUCUCGAUGUUCUCCAUGAGACCUGGAUUACGGUCAUUCUGCAGAUAGGUGGUAUUUUGGGUGGUGUGACCGGUGGGUUCUUAUCGCACAGAUACAGUCCCAGAUGGGUUGCAGCAGCCAGUGCACUCCUCUGUGCUCCGUGGCUACCACUUUGGGUGCUGCCCACGAAGUGGAAUGAACUCGCAGUGGGAGCUUUCUUCUUGCAGUUUUUUUACGGUGCUGCUAUUGGCAAUCUUGGAAAUUUGAUGCAGCAACUUUGUCCACAUCCUGGUUUGCGUGCAGCGUUUACUGGAGUGGCGUAUAAUAUUGGAAAUGCUAUUUCAUCGGUUGCUCCCACUAUUGAGACUUCACUUGGAGAGAGGUUUCCUACUGCUGAUGGAACUCCGGAUUAUGGCAGGACACAGAUGAUUCUUGUUGGUAUUGUUAUUGCUCUUCUCAUCACAACAUUAGUCAGUAUGCCAUUAGAGAGUCUCAACAAAGAAUGGGACGAAGAAGAUCCCAACGCGGCGAUCCCGACCGUUCCGACUCACAAGGUUGUCACAGCGGACCUUGAAAUGGGCGGUCAGGAUGCUUCCAGUCUGGACAAAUCAGCUGGCAUGAACACAGAAACCGUUCACGUGGAACAGGUUGCGCAAAACGAUGAUUCAAUUACACCCGAGAAAAAGGUUUGA